ACUUAAAAAGGUACCAAAUUCAAGUACCAAAUUGAAAAUCUUCUCAAGCUUUUCGACAUUUUGUAUUGGCCUCAAGCCUUUCCAGGUUAAAUAAAUCAGCAGUCUCCCAGCGGUCGUCAACUCCUCUCGGCUCCUCAGCCAUUGGGAUUAAAAAGCAGAAGCUUUUCCAUGAAAAACCUCUCAUCUGUGAUCUCACUACAUGUUGAGAAUAAAUUAUCUCCAUGGACUUGCUGCAAAAUUCAGAAAUUGGAAUCGUCCCCUCAAAUUUUUACAUUCCCUUCAUCAAAACAAACGCAGAACACCACGCACCAAACAUAAGUUUACCAAAGCCUUGAAAACUCCAAUGAAACCAUUUGAUGUUGAGCCAAAAGUUUACAUGAGAGACACGAUCUCAAACAUUUACAAAAUCCUCAAGUACUCAACUUGGGAAUCGGCUGAAACCCAACUGAAACAGUUACCCAUCAGAUGGGACUCUUUUACAGUCAACCAAGUCCUCAAAACCCACCCACCAAUGGAAAAAGCUUGGCUUUUUUUCAACUGGGUUGGUAAAGUUAAAAGCUUUAAGCAUGACCAGUUCACUUACACAACAAUGCUUGACAUUUUUGGAGAAGCUGGGAGGGUUUCAUCAAUGAAGUAUUUAUUUCAGCAAAUGCAAGAAAAAGGCUUAAAAAUUGAUGCUGUUACUUAUACUUCGAUUUUGCAUUGGCUUUCAAAGAGUGGAGAUGUUGAUGGGGCCGUGGAAACGUGGGAGGAAAUGAGAGGAAAAGGAUGUUUUCCCACUGUUGUUUCAUAUACAGCUUAUAUGAAAGUUUUGUUUGAUAAUCAAAGAGUUAAGGAAGGUACUGCUGUUUAUAAGGAGAUGCUUCAGUCUGGUAUUUCUCCAAAUUGUCACACUUAUACAGUGCUAAUGGAGUAUCUCUUUGGGGCUGGCAAGUACGAAGAAGCCCUUGAGAUUUUCAGCAAAAUGCAAGAAGCCAGAGUUAAGCCUGACAAAGCUGCAUGCAAUAUUUUGGUUGAGAAAUGUUGCAAAGCAGGGGAGACAUGGCCAAUUAUCCAAAUCCUUCAGUACAUGAAAGAAAAUCAUCUUGUCCUCCGGUACCCCAUAUUUCUAUUAGCUCUUGAAACUUUUAAAGCUGCUGGCGAGAGAGAUGCCCUCCUCAGGCAAGUUCAUCCUCAUAUCUCUGUUGAAUGCAUUGACAAUGAAAGGGUAGUUGAGUAUAAAGGAAAUGAUUUUGAAGAUCCUUCAAGUUUAGACAGAGGACUAGUGUGGGUUCUCUUGAAAAAGCAAAAUCUUCAAGCUGUUGACAGUUUACUUACUGAAUUGAUGGAUAAGAAUAUAAAGUUGGACUCUGAACUGAUGUCCGCCAUCGUACACGUAAAUUGUGGUCACUGUAGGGUGGAUGGUGCUUUAUUGACCUUCAAAUACAGUGUGAAAACAGGUAUAAAACUUGAGAGAACUGCGUAUCUUGCUUUGAUAGGCUGUUUAAUACGAUCAAACACGUUUACUGAUAUAGUUGAGAUAGUUGUGGAAAUGACUAGCACCGGACAUUCUCUUGGAGUUUAUCUAGCUUCACUACUAAUUUAUAGGCUUGGUUGUGCUAGAAGGCCAACUUGUGCCGCAAAGAUUUUUGAUUCACUGCCUGAUGAUCAGAAAUGUGUUGCUACCUACACUGCUUUGGUUGGCGUCUACUUUGCUGCUGGCACUGCUGAUAAAGGACUUAAAAUAUACAAAACAAUGCGAAAGAAAGGGAUUUAUCCUUCUUUAGGCACAUAUUGUGUUCUAGUAGCUGGUCUUGAGAAACUCAGUAGAGUCUCAAAUGCAGAAACAUAUAGGAAGGAAAAGAAAAGCCUACGGAAGGAUGCUUAUUUCCGCGAAUCCAUUCCUAUGGAGGAAAAGAUCUGUGACCUCCUAUUUGCUAGAGAUGUGGUAUCUUGAUGAACUCGUCAGAUUCUAUUCGGAGAUUAAAUAUCAAUCGCAAGACAAAGUUACCGCUACUAUUUCAAGGUGUUCAUGACUCAAAAUCUGGAUUUUAUUUGCAGACUCGUUUUAAUGGAAGUGUUUCCAAUGGAAGAUUACUGAAAAUCUAGAGGGAAAAAGUGUGGUUGAUUUAGUCCACAGAUUCAAUCUAUUUUCUGUUGAUCAUACUGAUAGGACUUGUUGAUGACAUGUUGAACAAAUGUGUGUUACAUUUUGAAUGUGAUCCCAAGUGCCAGCGAUUUACAAAGGCUUCUAUGGUCUGUGAUUCUUGAUGAAUCACACAACAUUGACUAAUCUUCUUGUCUUUUUAACUGCAAUGGCUGAAACAUGGUUAAACUUCAAUUAUCAUUUUGAACACUUACAUUUUUUAA